GAAAACCACGACUCAUCUUCUUCUUCAUUUUUUUUCUUUCUGUCGGCAAUUUUUUUUUCUUCCACUAUAGAUCUGUUCCCUCGUUUAGUCAAUCGACUAGUGGAAGGAGAAACGGUGAUUUUUUUCCUCCAGAUUAGGUUUGAAAUUUGAAAGAUGAGAGGCUGUAUCGAUCGAUUUGUGUGAGAUUGUUAAAGUUGAAACCCUAAUUCAAGUUCUUUCGGAGGUUUUGUUCAUUUUUGUAAAGAAGACGAGUUAUAUCUGUAUUUUAGGGUUUAGAGUUUGAUCUUGGAGGAGGAGACUGUGAAUAUGUCUUCUCUUAGCAGAGAGCUUGUUUUUCUCAUACUUCAGUUUCUUGAUGAAGAGAAAUUUAAGGAAUCUGUUCACAAAUUGGAGCAAGAGUCGGGGUUUUUCUUUAAUAUGAAGUAUUUUGAGGAUAUUGUUAACAAUGGAGAAUGGGAUGAUGUGGAGAAGUAUCUCUCUGGUUUUACUAAAGUUGAUGAUAAUAGAUACUCUAUGAAGAUCUUCUUUGAAAUACGGAAACAGAAAUAUCUUGAAGCUCUUGACAAACACGAUCGUUCUAAAGCAGUAGAGAUUUUGGUCAAGGAUUUGAAAGUGUUUUCGGCUUUUAACGAUGAGCUGUUCAAGGAAAUUACUCAGCUGCUUACUUUAGAGAACUUCAGGGAGAAUGAGCAGCUAUCUAAGUAUGGUGAUACCAAGUCUGCUAGGGGUAUAAUGCUUGCCGAACUAAAAAAGCUGAUAGAGGCAAAUCCCCUUUUCAGGGACAAGCUUCAGUUUCCCACUUUGAAGAACUCGAGGCUCAGGACACUGAUUAAUCAGAGUUUGAAUUGGCAGCAUCAACUUUGUAAAAAUCCCAGGCCAAACCCUGACAUCAAGACCCUCUUUGUGGACCAUACUUGUGGACAACCAAAUGGCGCUCGUGCUCCUUCCCCCGUCACUAACCCGCUAAUGGGUACCAUUCCUAAAGCAGGGGGCUUCCCCCCACUGGGUGCACAUGGUCCAUUUCAGCCUGUUCAAGCACCUCUACCAACAUCUAUUGCAGGAUGGAUGGCUAAUCCCUCAGUGGUGCCUCACCCUGCAGCUUCUGCUGGGCCUAUGGGUUUAGGGGCUCCAAGCAAUGCAGCGAACCUUUUAAAGCGUCCAAGGACUCCUACCAACAACCCUGCCAUGGAUUAUCAAACUGCAGAUUCUGAACAUGUUUUGAAAAGAACAAGACUAGGAUUAGAUGAGCCUAAUAAUUUGCCAGUUAACAUACUGCCUAUCCAAUACCCUGGUCAAAGUCAUGCUCAGAGCUUAUACUCUUUGGAUGAACUACCUAAAAAUGUUGUUAUGAGCCUGCAUCAAGGCUCUGCUAUCAAGAGCAUGGAUUUUCAUCCUGUGCAACAGACUCUACUCCUUGUUGGAACAAAUGUUGGUGAUAUUGCUAUCUGGGAGUUGGGUAACCGCGAAAGGCUUGCUCAUAGAAAUUUUAAGAUUUGGGACAGUAGCACAUGCUCAAUGCCUUUGCAGUCCGCUUUGGCGAAGGAACCUUCUAUAUCCGUUAACCGUGUAAUGUGGAGUCCUGAUGGUGCUCUUCUUGGUGUUGCACACAGCAAACACAUUGUGCAUGUACACUCCUACCAUGGUGGGGACGACGUGCGACAUCACUUGGAGAUUGAUGCUCAUGUUGGUGCUGUUAAUGAUCUUGCUUUCUCUCACCCAAAUAAACAAUUAUGUAUAAUCACUUGCGGUGAUGAUAAAUCUAUCAAGGUGUGGGAUGCGGUCACCGGUGCCAAACAGUACACCUUUGAAGGUCAUGAAGCACCAGUCUUCUCUGUUUGUCCUCACUACAAGGAAAACAUUCAGUUUAUAUUUUCAACAGCUGUAGAUGGGAAGAUUAAGGCGUGGCUGUAUGAUAAUCUUGGGUCAAGAGUCGACUACGAUGCACCAGGCCAGGGUUGUACGACCAUGUCCUACAGUGCGGAUGGAACAAGAUUAUUCUCAUGUGGAACUAGUAAAGAUGGAGAUUCAUUUCUCGUGGAAUGGAAUGAAAGUGAAGGGGCAGUAAAGAGAACAUAUAUAGGAUUCCGGAAGCGUUCGACUGGGGUUGUGCAGUUUGAUACCACUAAAAACAGGUUCUUGGCAGUUGGGGAUGAUUUCGUGAUCAAGAUUUGGGAUAUGGACAACCAAAACAUCCUGACAACUAUUGAUGCAGAUGGUGGAUUGACGGCCUCUCCCCGUAUUCGGUUUAACAAAGAAGGGACAUUGUUGGCUGUUUCUGCUAAUGAUAAUGGUAUAAAAGUAUUAGCAAACUCUGAUGGACUCCGCCUACUACAUUCUGUUGAAGGUCCAAGAACAUCUGAAGCUGCUGCAAAGGGACCCAUGAUUAAUGCAUUGGGAGUUGGGGGUGCAGUUGCUGGACCAAGUGCUGGACUUUCUGAUCGAGGUCCUCCUAUAGUGGCAAUGGGUGGAUUGAAUGGAGACAGUCGAAGUUUGGCGGAUGUGAAACCGAGAAUUACUGAAGAAUCUGUGGAGAAACCUAAGAUUUGGAAGCUCACUGAAAUCAGUGAACCUUCACAAUGUCGCUCCUUAUGCCUUCCAGAUAAUUUGGUAGCUCUACGGGUUUCUAGAUUGAUUUACACGAAUUCAGGAAUUGCCUUGUUAGCUUUAGCAGCUAAUGCGGUUCACAAGUUGUGGAAAUGGCAGAGGAAUGAUCGUAACACAACAGGAAAGGCAACCACCAACGUGCCACCUCAAUUAUGGCAACCCUCUAGUGGAAUACUAAUGACCAAUGAGAUCAGUGAUACAAAGCCUGAAGAUGCUGUUCCUUGCUUUGCACUUUCAAAGAAUGAUUCUUAUGUUAUGUCGGCAUCAGGAGGAAAAAUAUCACUUUUCAACAUGAUGACAUUUAAGACAAUGACGACAUUCAUGCCUCCACCUCCAGCUGCAACUUUUCUGGCUUUCCAUCCACAGGACAAUAACAUCAUUGCCAUAGGAAUGGAGGAUUCCUCUAUUCAAAUCUAUAACGUUCGAGUUGAUGAGGUUAAAAGUAAACUGAAAGGCCAUCAAAAGAGAGUAACAGGUCUUGCCUUUUCUAAUUCCCUGAAUGUGCUUGUAUCAUCAGGAGCAGAUGCACAGCUAUGUGUUUGGAGCACCGAUGGAUGGGACAAACAGGCCAGUAAAUUUUUGCAGAUUCCUACAGGACGAGUGUCAGCUCCACUUGCAGAGACUCGUGUUCAGUUUCACCAGGAUCAAAUACACUUUCUGGUAGUUCAUGAAACUCAAAUAGCCAUAUAUGAAGCACCAAAACUCGAAUGUAUUAAACAGUGGAUACCACAAGAAUCGAGCGUUCCUAUUACACAUGCUACAUACUCCUGUGAUAGCCAAUCAAUUUAUGCUAGUUUUGGAGAUGGUAGUGUUGGUGUAUUUACAUCCACAACACUCAUAUUAAGGUGUCGGAUUAAUCCUACUGCUUAUCUAUCACCAAACAUCAGCUCGAGGGUGCAUCCACUUGUGAUUGCGGCUCAUCCAACUGAACCUAAUCAAAUUGCACUUGGCUUGAGUGAUGGAGGGGUCUACGUCGUUGAACCGUUAGAGUCGGAAGGCAAAUGGGGAACUGUUCCACCACCCGAAAAUGGUGCUGGUCCAAGCAUUACAUCUGGUCAAGCCGGUGGUUCUGAUCAAUUGCCAAGAUGACGAUAUGCUCUCCUGGCACCAGUACAUGAUUUUUACCCCUAAUCCCACUCGACUGCAGCUCAUGGGAAAUUAAUCAUUACCGUAUUAUUUUUUAGGGUUAGGUGGCUGACUGACAGCUCAAGCAAAUCUUUAAUCGUCAUCACCUGUCAUUAACCUACGGUUAAGACUUUGGCUGAUGGUCCAGUUCAUUUGUAGAAUGCUUGAGCUGAAGGUAGAUGAUUGUAAAUGUAGAGGCAGGGAUUUAUGGAGGUCAUAUGAUUAGGUUGUUAAGGUAAAACUAUGACAUUUUACUACUAACUAAAUUGUGAAUCAUAGGGUUUGAAGAAGGAAAUAUGGAAUGGUUUCAUUUUUCUUUGUGGAGCUCUGCAA